AUGUCUAUCGCGCUGUCCGCCGUUCUCGACGGCGCAGGCGACGGCUGGGUCGAAAUUCGCGCUCAGGCAUCUCCGCUCCGGGGACUGCACCUCCGCCUCGUCGCCUGCUCCGACGCCGACGCCGCCAGUGACUCCUGCCUGCCGGUCGCCGUGUUUGGCGGCGCCGGCGGCGCAGCGGAGGCCGCCGGCUGGUUCGUCUCGGCCGGCCACGCCCUCGCCCACGGCGUGUACGGCUUCUGCCUCGACGGCCCUUGCGAAGUCAGUGGAGGAGGCGGUGAGGGUCCGCUGCUCACACGGCUGAGCGUCGCGCUGCCGCUGAUCGGCCGCAGCACCGUAGUCUGCACCUCGGCCGGAGACCGCCUCUUUGCCGGCGUCGGGGCGGAGCCGGUCGAGCUGCCGCAGGCGUGCAGCCAACCUCUGGUCUUCGGUGGCAACGUGAGCGCGGGCGGCGGCCGCUCGGCCUUCGUCAAGACGUACAAGACGGGCUCCUCGACCCUCGCCUCGCUGCUGCAGCGCCGCGCAGACAGCCGCGGCCUCGACGUCGCGGUCAACGCGCGCGCGGUGCCGCACCCGCUCCCGUCGCUCGAGCCGCACCUCGCCUUCAAGGAGAAGUGGGCCAGGCCGACCGACUGCCUGUACGAGAGCCACACAUUCAAGGAGUGCGGCGCUGCCUUCCUCUCCGACCAGGCCAGCGGCGGCGUGCCGGCGCCGAAGCCCUUUGGCCUCGUGGUCGACCACUCGCGCCUGCAGCCACUCCUCGCGUCCUCGGGCGCAGGCGGCUCCUCGGGCGCCGCACGACCGGGCGCCGCGCUGCGCGACCUACCCGCCCCGUGCGCCUCCUUCGUCGACGCCAUGCGCCGAGAGGACGGCGCCGCCUCGCGCCUCCUCGCCUCCGCCGCCGCGCGCGAGCUCCUCUCGAGGUGCAUCGACGGCAUCGCCGAGGCGGAGGCGCCGGCGGCAGCGACCGAGGCCACUUGCUGCACCGCGCUGUCCCCCGCCGCGUACCGCUCCACUGUCGGAGGCGGAAUGCUGCUCACCGCCGUGCGCUGGCCGCCGUCGCGCUUCACGUCCGCGCUCGAGCAGUUCAGCAUCCCGCAGCGGACGGGCGUGCCUUGCAAGCGCACGCGCCGCGAGAGCGGCGGCCGCUGCCACGGGCGGACUUGCGAGCGAGACUUCGACUUUUCGUGGCGCCGCAGCGCCGCGAGGGGGCGAGGCGGCGCGAUGGCAGGUUGCUCUGAGGGGCAGCACGCGGUUGGUGACAGGCGGUGCCUCAACGAGUCCGCCCCCCGCUACGGCAUGCUCGCCACCACGACGCGCUGCCUCCUCGGCACCAGCAUCGACAACCAAGCCACCCUCCUGGACCGCACCCGCGCCCAGCUCUCUGAUCUCGACGCGAUCUCCGCCGCCGGCCCGCCGACGGGUGCCGAGGCACUACACGAGCAUGUCCUCGGCUGCAUUGAGCGUGACAGGGCUGCUGUAGGCCCGCCGCCAGACGCCGAGGCAGCCGCCGCGAUGCAGGCGGCGAGGAGGAGUCUGCAGGCACGGCUCGAGGAGACGCCGAGGGGCCGGCGGCGGUACCGCGGCCCGCUGCUCGACUUUCGGUAUGUGCGCGAGUCGGUCCCGAACACGCUCGGCUGGGGCGAUGGCGCCACCGAGCCGGCGCCGCUCGCCGACGACUACAGGGCGAUGCUUGCGAGUGAGGCGGGAGCCGUGUCGGCGUUGCGCUGGCUGGGCGCCCUCAGCGCCAAGUUCGAGCUGGUUGCCCUCACGGAGCAUCUCGACGCGUCGCUGCUGCUGCUGGGCAAGCUGCACGGCUGGCCCCUGACCGAGCUGGGGCUCGACGCGCCGUGGCUUUGGCCACACGAGCUCGACUCGCUGCUGCGCGCGAACUGGCUCGACUCGCUCGCGUACGUACACUUCAACGCGACGCUCUGGCGGCGCAUCGAUGCGGCAUGGGCCGGGCCCGACGGGGCGCGCGCGUUCGACGAGGAGCUGGGCCGGUUCAGGCGGCUGCGGGCGGCGGUGCAAACCUCGUGCGCCCGGUGA